ACAUAUGAUAUCACACGAUAGAUGAGUGGACUGGAAUCCCGCCGGCACGGUCAGAUCAUACUCUGACCACAAACCUCCUUACAGAUGAGUGAAGUGUGCCCGAGGUUGAUUCGUCAGCUUCACAAUUCAUGGUCCACCGGAUCUGAUCUGUGUCUCUUGACAACAAGGAAUCAAGUAUUUUUUUUCUUUCCAGAAAUGCUCAUCGCAAGCCACCAAGCCAUAUACAAACCCUCACAUGCUACUGCUGGAAAGCUUGCUAUGGCUGAGAGCCAUCUUAAUGACAUCCGCAUUGAUGAAAGUAGGGUGACUGUAGCCCGAGAAUUUCCUCCAGCCCAAGUCGCUUUCACCAAUGCUUCAAUCGAUUUGAGUUUUCAGAUCAUGUUCGAUCUAUUACCAAGAUUAGCAGCCCCUUUACCGGGACACAAGAGUAGUACAAUGCCGUCGAUCAUGAUCGAGUGCAAAAUGCGCACUAUUCGCUCCCUAGGCGCCUAGCGGACCCUUCUGGCCACCCGCCGGCGGACAGAGAUAGAUUACAGAUAAAGAGGGACGCAUGGUAUAAGAUAAAUUGAUUCCCACCUUCUCUUGUGUCCAUCGGUUUGCGCAUUCAUUGUA